ACGGAGGAGCAGGCGGCCCAGCAGCCGCACCGCACCUACUACUACCGGCAGAACCACGGCGAGGCGGGCUGCGAGGCGUCCAUCGCGCGCUGCACGGCGGAGCUCGCGAGCGCGUCGGGCGAGGUCGCGCGGGCGCUGCGGCGCGAGCGCGCGGGCUACCACGCGCGCGCGGGGUCCUACGACGCGGCGCUCGCGGACUACAGCGCGGCGCUCGAGCUCAGCGUCGGCGACCUCGACCGCGACGGCGCGUCCGCGGGGCUGCACCAGGCGCGCGGCGAGGUGCUGGAGAAAUUGGGGCGGACGGGCGAGGCCAUCGACGACUUCACGCGGUGCCUCGGCGAGGCGCCGAACCGCGCGUCCGCGCUCUACGCGCGCGCGUCCUGCCGGAACAAAUUGGGCGACUUCGCGUCGGCCAUCGACGACUACCAGCGGGCGCUCGCGCUCGACGAGGCGCGGGACCCGAAGGGAGCUUUGGGCGAGAAGCGGCCGAGUCUGGCCCUCGGCGCCGACGCCUACGCCGCGGCGCGCGAGCGCGCGCUCCGCGAGGCGAUGGCGGAGGAAACGCCCGAAAAACCGCCGUCGCCCAAGCGGCCGUCGCCGAAGCCGUCGCCGAAGAAGCGGUCGCCGGUCGACGCGUCGCGGUCGCGGCGCGCCGCCGAGGCGCACCAGCGGGGGGUGGCGUUGCGGCGGUCGGGCGAUCUGGUGGGCGCGGUCGACGCGUACUCGCGUGCUUGGAGCUGUCGCCGAAGCACUUCCGCGCGCGCUUCGACCGCGCGUUCGCGCUGGACGCCCUGGGCGACCUGCCGCGGGCCGUGCUCGACUACACGGCGGCCAUCGCCAUCGACGCGUCCCACGCGCUCGCGUGGUACAACCGCGGCAUCGCGCACGAGCGCCUGCGAGACGCCGAGGCCGCGGUCCUCGACUUCACCAAGGCCAUCGAGCACGCGCUCGCCCGCGAGGCCGGCGCGGCGAAGACGGGGGCGGCGGCGAAGGAUCGCUUCCCCGUCGCCGACUUCUACCACAACCGCGCGUUCUGCAAGCGCAAGCUCGCGGACUUCUCGGGCGCCGUCGACGACUACGCGGCGGCGCUCGCCAAGGACCCGAAGCACUUCAAGGCCCUCUACAACCGGGCCUUCUGCCUCGACGCCCUGGGCCGUCGGGCCGAGGCGUUGAAGGACUACGAGGCCGCGCUCGCGCUGCGGCCCGCGCACGCGUCCGCGCACCACAACCGCGGCGUCGUCCUCGAGAAGUUGGGCGAGCUCGAGGCCGCGCUCCGCGCGUUCGACACGGCGAUCCAGCUCGUCGGCGACGGCGCCGACAAGGCGCCGCCGCCGCCCGGCCGGCGGCCGCGGGCCGACUCGCCGACGGCCGACGACAGCCAGUGCCUCGGCGCCGCGCUCUACGCGCGCGCGCUCGUGCUCGACCGCCUCAAGCGCCUCGACGACGCGGCCGAGUCCUUCGACCGGGCCGUCGCCAUCCGCCCGGACGACGCGGAGUACCACCACGCGCGGGGCGCCAACGCGCGCCACCGGGGCCUCCACGCCAAGGCGAACAAGUGCUUCUCUGUGCCGAAACCAACCACUGGUUUGGGUGGUCCUGACCAAACUUGA